AUGCUUGGCCUAAACCGAUGCCAGGCUCAGCCAUCGGGGAAACUCCAACAACCAAACGUGUUGUUUAUCCUUGCUGAUGAUUACGGCUAUCACGACAUCGGCUAUCACAACUCUGAGAUUAGUACACCAAAUCUGGACCGACUUGCUGCGGAAGGAGUGAAGCUUGAGAACUACUAUGUCCAACCAAUAUGUACCCCAACUCGAAGUCAGCUUAUGUCGGGCCGAUACCAAAUUCACACAGGUUUGCAGCAUGGCAUCAUCACAUCUCGACAACCGCACUGCCUGCCUCUUAACAAUCCAACACUUGCAAAUAAGAUGAAAGAAAGUGGAUAUAGCACACAUAUGGUUGGCAAAUGGCACUUAGGAUUUUAUAAAAAAGAAUGUUUGCCCACCAGUCGAGGAUUUGAUUCUUAUUAUGGUUACUUGACUGGCAGUGAGAAUUAUUAUACUCACUACUGCUGUGAUAUCUUUUGUGGCUUUGAUUUGCGGGACAAUCUUACAAAAGUUACUGACCAAAACGGGCAUUACUCAACUCACCUUUUUGCUCAGAAAGCGAUCGAAGUUGUUGAAAAACACAAUGAAAAGAAGCCACUGUUUCUUUAUGUUGCCAUGCAGUCAGUGCAUGCACCUCUGCAAGUUCCAGAUAAAUAUUUACAACCGUAUGAGUUUAUAGAAAACAAACACAGACGAAUAUAUGCAGGAAUGACCACAUGUAUGGAUGAGGCUGUUGGAAAUAUAACUGAUGCCUUCAAAAGACGUGGACUCUGGAAUAACACUAUCUUGAUUUUUUCAACAGACAAUGGUGGCCAGAUAUUAGAAGGUGGUAAUAACUGGCCCCUUCGAGGAUGGAAAGGAUCUCUGUGGGAAGGAGGACUACAUGGUGUCGGAUUUGUAACAAGCAACCUCCUUAAGCAAAAAGGUGUCAUUUCAAAAGCUCUGAUUCAUGUGUCUGAUUGGUUUCCUACAUUGAUUGGCUUAGCAGAUGGAUCUUUGAAUGGCACCAAGCCAUUGGAUGGUUUUGACCAAUGGAAAACUAUAAGGUGA